UCCUGUAACCCCCACCACAGGAGAGUGGGAGGAAAUCUGACAGAUAUGUCAGACGAUUUCUGACAGCACUGUGCCGCGCCUGAUUGACAUUUGGAGGAUGGCCUGGUGCCGAAUGAUAUAAAAACCGGCGGGUCCCAGCCAGAAGGUGUGCGGUCCCAGUUUUGGAGCCAGCCAUGAAGCUCCUCUCACUUCUCGCGCUGCUUUGCGUGGCAGUCCUCUCUACGGAGGCCACCUUCAAAUGCAAGAAAUUUGGUGAGAUUUGCUCCAAGGGCAAAAACUGUGCUCCGGGACUGGGCAAACCGGGCCUGAUUUGUCAGAACAGCAAGAAGAUCGGCGGCUGUGCGGAUCUGUGCCAGUUCGGUGGUAAAUAUUGCCCGGAUGGAAAGAUCUGCAAGUAUUCCAAAGGCAGACGCGUUUGUGUCUUCCCCAAGAAGUACAAGGUCAAGAAGUGCACCAAGUUCGGAAAGUCUUGCGCCCCUGGUCGCAAGUGUAUUCCCUGCUACCUGCGCAAAGGGCUUUGUUGUCGCCGUGCCGCACUGCUCAGAAAGAACUACUGUGGAUUGAAAUACAAGGUCUAUGGCAAGAAGUGUGGUACAAAAUACUUCAAGAAGGGCUGCUACAAGGUUGGCAACUACUGUCCCGACGGCAAACAGUGCCGCAAGUACAAGAACGGCAAACUCGCUUGUGUCUUCAAAAAGAAACUGCCCGCCUGCAACUCCUACGGCCAGCUUUGCGGCAAGAAGAACGACAGGAACUGCCAGUACUGCUUCCUGAGGAAGGGAUUGUGCUGCCGCCGCAGGAAGCUGCUCGGACCGGCUGCCAAGCACUGCCGCUACGGUGGCAAAUGGUGCCCGAAGGGCUUGACCUGCAGACAGAGCACCAAGAAAGGUGUCGUGAUCCGUCGCUGUGUCUACAUUCCGAAAUGCAAACGCGCCGGCCAAUCGUGCGGUAUUUUCAAGAGGAAGGUCUGCGUGAAAUGCGGCAAGAAGCUGUGCUGUCGUAGAGGAGUCACCAAACCGCAAUGCAAGAAGCGUUGCAACGUGUGGUGGAAACAGUGCUCACUGAAGUGUCGCAAGGGCUUCAUCGGCUGGUGCUGCAAGCCCAGGAAAAUCACCAAACCCCAGUGUCUGAAGAGAUGCAAGGGCAAGUACAAGUACUGCUCAAAGAAGGGUUGCGCUAAGGGCUUCCUCGGAUACUGCUGCAAGACUCGCCCCUACAUCAGCCUCAAAAAAUGCCUUCACACGUGCAAGGGCAAGUACAGGUACUGCUCCAAGAACAAAUGUUCCAAGAACAUCCGCGGAUACUGCUGCAAGAAACGUCCAGUCAUCACCAAGAAGCAAUGCCUGAAGACCUGCAAGGGCAAGUACAAGUACUGCUCAAAGAAGGGUUGCGCUAAGGGCUUCCUCGGAUACUGCUGCAAGACCCGGCCCUACAUCAGCCUCAAAAAAUGCCUUCACACGUGCAAGGGCAAGUACAGGUACUGCUCCAAGAACAAAUGUUCCAAGAACAUCCGCGGAUACUGCUGCAAGAAACGUCCAGUCAUCACCAAGAAGCAAUGCCUGAAGACCUGCAAGGGCAAGUACAAGUACUGCUCAAAGAAGGGUUGCGCUAAGGGCUUCCUCGGAUACUGCUGCAAGACCCGGCCCUACGUCUCUCGCGAGAAAUGCAAGGCCUCCUGCAAGUCCACCGGCAUGUACUGCGUGAAGAAGGGCUGCCCCAAGCACUACCGCGGCUGGUGCUGUCUCAAAAUGAGCUGCAAGGGCAAGAAGAAGUGCUAGACCCAUACCCUGCUAGACCCCAUACGACGAUCAACCAGUGAUCUAAAAUCACUAAGAUGACCUGGCUCCGAAAAUAAACGUGAAACCCGUGCUGAACUUACCCGAGCACCCGGGAUGUAUGGUUACACUGCAUGUUUUGGAAUCGGAAUAAAUGAUUGAUGCAUUUA